CCAUGUGCUCAAGUCCAAAAAUAGAAUUGUUUUCGUUGCGGCACUCCAAAAUUUUUGACAUUUAAAAAAAAUAUUUCCAAAUUUUACAAUGAUUGAUUUAGUAUUUUCUAAUGGACAAGCAUUUGUAUGGAAUGCUGAUGAUUGGCUAGAACUUAGACAAAAAUAUAAAAUAAUUGGUUCAUUAAUAGGUUGUUUGUCAAAACUACCUAGACAAGAAAUUUUUCAUGGAUUACCUAUGCUAUUAAUGCCGGAAGAAGUCACUUUACUUUUGGAAAAAAAAAUUGUGCGACUUGUACAAAUUAAUGAUAUUCAAAUGAAGCCAAAUGAUAAAUUAAAACAAAAAUUUAAUAAUUAUAGAAAUAAAUUGUUUAGCCAACAAGAGGAACGUUUGAAAGAAGAACGAAAAAAACAGAUUAUUGCAUUUAUGGAUAAAAUUGUUGAAGGAAAACGCAGAAAAUUAUUAGGAUUGAAGAGAUCUAAAAAACAAUUAAAAAAAAAUGUUGAUCUUAACCUGAUCGAAAAUGCCGAACAAAUUGAAAUAAAUCGAGAGGUUCUUUUAACUGAAGAAUUGGAGAAAAUUCCAAAAUUAGAACCAUCAGAAGCAUUAAUUCAAAUUCAUACAGCUUACCCUUGGUCUGGAAAGGAUGAUGUAAAAGAAGUAAAAUGGAAUUAUCCUCAAUCUCCGGAAGAAAAUAUAAGAUAUACAGUUUUUAAAGAUUUAUGGGAAAGAGGAUUUUAUGUAACAUAUGGAGAUAAAUUUGGUGGCGAUUUUCUUGCCUAUCCAGGCGAUCCGAUUAUGUUUCACUCUCAGUACGUAAUUACAUGCAAGAAUGGUGAUGAUGACCUUCCUAUUCUGGAUUUAAUUGGACAGUGUCGAGUGGCUUGUAGUGUUAGAAAGACACAGGUUUAUGCAUAUAUUAAUAGUAGUACCGAAAACUUGAUGUAUCAAUCAUUUUAUUACGAUAAUAUUAAUCUGACUUAGUUGUAAAAAUACUUUUAUUAUUUUAAAUAGUAUCUAUUA